AGAAAGAUAACGAUUUACAACUGAGAUAAUAUAACACCGACCAUUGUGUAGGAUAUACUUAUACUUUCCCAUCAACUAGUGAGUUCUGAUUUUGUUACAUCUGACUGACGAGCUGGACUGCAAAAUGUAAAUGUUAGCUCAGCCUGAUCCAGAUAAGAUAUAUAACACGAGUAUCAGUACAACAGCGGAUCCAUUGGGUAUCAGCCCAAUCAGGACCACCGACAACACCUCCAGAGCUCCACCACUGAGAACAACCGACAACACCUCCAGGACCUCCAGAGCAACCUCCCCAACCUCCAUAGUCCCAAAACCUAGGACACCCGACAGCGCUUCUCCCUCCAGGACACUUUUCGUGUCCGUUGACCACCUCCUUCUGCGAUUUAACAUCCGACAUAAUGUGGUGCUGGUAACAGAAGUGUUGCUGAGUCUGUUGGUGCUGUACUCCACUGACACCUUCUCCUACUACGGUAACAACAUCGACUACACUAAAUGGAGCUGCGGUCCACCCAGAAAACACCCAGUACGAGGUCAGGCAGCCUGCUCUAACUCCACCACUAACCGGACCACCUUCUGUCAGUCCCUCUACAAGGAUCCCACCUUCUCCUUCUCCUGGGACGAUGGAAUGGAGGCUCUCUUCUCCACCGAGUUUGGUAUGUACUGCAACAGAGAGGACGAAUCACAGACAAUAUUAGAUAUUACUGGCAUCGGAGCAGGUUUAGGUGCGUUUGUGGGAGGGAUAGUUGGAGAUCUUUUUGGAAGGAAGAUGAGUUUUAAGAUAAGUUUCCUGAUUAUCCUCCUCUCCCUCAUCACUCUGAGUGUAUGCAGAACAGUACAAAUAUUCUCACUCGGUCUUUUCUUGCUAGGUUUCUCUAUCUACAUGAGUGUAACAAGUAUUGUAGUCAUGGUAACAGAAAUGCUGCCCUACAAUCUUCACUAUCCUUUUGUUAUUCUCAAUGCUGCACUUACCUGUCUAGGAAUCUACCUGGGAUGCGGUCUCCGUCUUCUGAUCUACAACUCCUGGAGAGCCUUUACCGGCUGUCUUCUUGCCUUCAACUCAAUCCUCUCAACCCUGCUAGUUCACUUACCACUGUCUCCCAGAUACAGAGUUUAUCAGAGCACUGAAGCUGCUAAAGAUACCCUUCACAAACUUAAUAUAGCUUUGUUUGAAGAUGAGCAGAUAGCAGUACCUACAGACUUCGCAGAGGACCUAAAGUUUGACUACAAAACUAACAAACGGUUCCUCUUCACUGCUUUUGUCCUCUUCUAUCUAAAAGGAGUGGUUGCCAUGACCACUACACCCAGCUCAGGCCAGGUGUGGACCUUAUUAGCUGAUAAGAACAUUAGGUACACAGUAGAAGCGUCCCUGAGGCUGAUAGCCGUGCCCCUCGCUGGUUAUCUGUGUGCUAAAAACGUCAACCUCAGAUCAACCGUACUCGUGCUGGGCUGGAUAACAAUAAGCUGUUACUUUAUUGGGGAGCUACCUAUUGGUUCGGGUAUAUUCAAUAUUAACAACAUAGCUGGUUUGGUGCUUAUACCUGUCAACAGAACUCUACAUAUUGUUAUCCUUCUCCUUACCCUUCAGAUCCCACCGACGUGUUACCGGGCCACAGUGUUCGGACUCUCCUACUUUGUAGAGAAAUGUUUCCUAAAGUUGGGGGCUCUAAUAGCUGGGAUAGACUCCCUCCCAACCACAGUGGACCUCUCCACGCUAUCCGAACAAUCCUCAUACAUCCACGAGUACUCUUUCCUUGUGUUUGGGGUUAUUUAUUUGUCCUUUAUCUAUGUGGCGAGUUUUCUGCCAACAAACACUUAUAGAGUUCUUCCGGGGACUAUUCGGGAGUUUAACAAGAUGUACUGGCCGAGGAGAAGCGAGCAGGCUUAUUUGUUGACUAGAUAUAAUCCUAAGUGUACUGAGAAAGAUUCUGAUAUAGAAACAAACUAGCAGUAGCACUGAUCAGCUCAAAGUUAUUAAGUAACUAACACUAAAACUAACAAACUAGAAAUGAUUGCUUUGAACUGUUCUUGCCCUUUUGUUUCUCUGUUUUGUAAAUGUUAUAUUAUUAAGUUUAUUUUGUUAGAUAAUUUGGAGGA